AUGCCCGAUCGGCUGAUGAUCCAGAAACAUCACCUAAUCAAGUUUGAGCCAAUCUUAUACCCGCACAUCCCAGGCCUUGUUCACCACAUUCGACUUUUUGGAUGUGAUGCAACAACCGCAGGUCCAUAUAGCGGACUUUGCGACAAAUUUGGUUUAAAGCGAUGCAAGAGAGACAUCGCGGCUUGGGGGAUCAACUCGGCAGGGGCGUUCAUCCUCCCCAAAGAAGCCGGCUUCCCCUUCGGUGGGCCGGAAGUUGUCCCCUAUUACAUGAUCGAGAUCCACUACCAUAACCACGCUGAAAAAGUCGGACUCAUCGACAAUUCGGGGUUGAAGCUGACUGUCACUUCCAGUUUGAGGCCCUACGAUGCUGGUGUUCUUCUGCUUGGUACUCCAGCUACUUCCAAAGCUAUGGUGAUACCACCAUCGCAGCGGGAUUUUCCUUUGAAAAGCGUUUGUACGAAGGAGUGUGCUGCUCUUUUCCCAACUACUGGUAUCAAGGUUUUUGGCAGCGAACUUCAUGCUCAUGGUGCUGCGAACAAGGUUUGGACGAGUAUCGACCGAGAAGGUAAACCAAUCAGCGAUUUCUUGCGAAUCGACCCAUUUCGGGCUGCAGAUCAACACUUUGUGAUGUUCGAUCCGCCAAAGACGCUAAUGCCAGGUGAUUCCCUUACUACUGUCUGCAUCUAUGAUACCACUAAUCGAACGGAGACGACUUUCGUAAGUAUCAAAAGCGGACCCGGGCACUCUGAUGAAAUGUGCAUCAACUUUUUAUUGUAUUACCCGGCCGUCGAAGUGGGAUACUGCUUGAGCGAGUUGCAAGAUGAAGCUCUUGUGGAAUUUUUCGAGAAUAGAAAAGAUAAAAACUAUUCGAAUUCUUUCACCAAUUUUACUUGGGCCGCUGAUGACGCACCAAGACUGCAGAAAGUCUAUGAUUCUGGGCCUUAUAAAUUUAGCUGUCUCAGCAAGGAGGGCGAGCCGAUCUUGACAACAAGAAGAAGAGCAGCU